UGCCUAAAAUGAAUUCAACCUCAAAAUACAUGUUUCUGUGUACAAGAUAUAGCGUAUGAGUGAAGAAUCGAACUAGACGCGUCUGGUGCAACAGUCAAUGCAAGCCAAUAAAAAUUAAAUUCCUAGAAGCCAAAAGAAAAGAAAAAGAAACUCCUGGAAAAAUUAAGCAGUCUCUGCCCUUCUCUCUCUCAGUUCCCGGCGUCCAGAAAUUGCGGACCCCACUUCGGAGAAUCACAGGUUAGAUAGUAAGAAAGAUGAGGCUGCUAACCCACAACAUGCUGUCGUCGAACAUCAAAGGCGUGACCAACGGCUUCCCUCUGCGCAUUGAAAUAGAGAAGGUGGUUGAAAAGCCGGUCGAUUUCAACCCUGAAUUCCUCAGGAACAUGUUCCCUAAGAUCGAGUGGAAGGCCCUUGUAAAUGCCGCUCGUAGUAUGGGCUAUGUUGAGCUCCCUGAGGAGGUUGAGCCUUCUACGCUUUAUUCUGAAGAUUUUCUCCACAAGUUCCACCAUGCCCUUUUGGAGCUUCAUCUCGAGGAGGGUGCGCUUGUUUGCCCCGAGACUGGUCGCCGAUUUCCGGUUAGCAAGGGAAUACCCAAUAUGCUGCUUCAUGAAGACGAAGUGUGAUUCGGGUCAUAUGGUGGAUCGGACUUGCUCUUGUUCAUCUUGUACUUAGGGUAUUUGUACUGCAGAUUUUGGCAUUAUGAAUAGGAAUGCUUUGGUUUUGUUUA